CGCUCGCGAUUUGCCGGACGGCCGGCCGACCGAACGACAGACGAAUCAGGUGACCAACGUCGACGCUCAAUCGAGCACGAGUGCCCAACCAUCCCGCGUUGUCGGAGCUUCUGCAUGGCGUCCGUUACGAAACUCGACUUGCACGCGCACAUCCUGCCGGAGCGUUGGCCCGACCUCAAAUCAAAAGUCGGUUAUGGAGGUUGGGUGCAGAUACACAAGGUCGGGGACGAUGAAUUCGACAUGCGUUACGACGACGGUACGUUCUUCCGAAAAGUCGAGAAGAAUUUGCUCGAUCCAAAAACUCGGAUCCGCGAAAUGGACGCUACGGGCGUCACGAUCCAGGCUUUGUCUACUGUGCCGGUGUUAUUCAACUACUGGGCGGAAGGCGCUGACGUACAACGUUUUCACCGCUUCCUUAACGAUCACAUCGCCGGCGUAGUCAAAGACCACCCCGAUCGCUUCGUCGGAAUGGCAACCGUGCCCCUACAAUCGCCUCUGCUCGCCGUUGAGGAAUUGAAGCGCGUUCACUCAGAGCUACACAUGAACUGUGUGGAAAUAGGCUCGCAUGUAAACGCCUGGGACUUGAACUCGAGAGAACUGGACCCGUUCUACAAAACGGCCGAAGAGCUCGGAACCAGUAUCUUCGUUCACCCCUGGGACAUGCAGAUGGACGGGCGUAUGAAGAAAUACUGGAUGCCGUGGCUGGUUGGCAUGCCAGCCGAGACCUCGCAAGCGAUCUGCUGUGUUUUGUUCGGCGCCGUGUUGGAACGUUUCCCACGACUCAAGUUCUGUUUUGCCCACGGAGCCGGCUCGUUUCCCUACACUCUCGGACGCAUUCAGCACGGUUUCAAUUGCAGACCCGAUCUCUGUGCCGUGGACAACAAGGUCGGUCCGAGUUCGUAUCUGGGAAAACUAUACGCGGAUUCGCUCGUACACGAUGAGAGAGCUCUCAAAUUUCUAGUUGACAUCUUCGGUGAGGAUCGCGUGUGUCUUGGAAGCGACUAUCCUUUUCCUCUUGGCGAGAUUGAGCGGCCUGGAGCCCUAAUCGAAAACGCUGACUUUUCGGUGGAGUUGCGAGAAAGACUGCUGUGGAGGAAUGGCGCCGAGUUCCUUGGAAUGCAUCUGAGUUCGAUCUGAGCAGGAUAUAUCGUCGAGGUCGGGUGCUGCAUCGGACCUGACUCGGAUUUACCGCACCCGACUCACAAGACACAGAUGGACAGUAUGAUAUCUGAAUUACUCGCAAUCAAAAAUUCUGAGGAGGGUAAUAAAAAAGAUCCGAACGGAUCCGCCCCUCGCUUUAUGAUGCGGGAGAAUUUAAG